AUGGCAUCCAAGUUCUACACGCCCGCCUACAACUUCCACCCGCACCAGCCGGCCUUCAAGCACCGAUGGGGCGCCAAGCUCCUCGGCGCCACCAUGUGGUUCUGGAUCUUUUACCGCGCAAAGCAGGACGGUCCCGUCCUCCUCGGCCUGAGACAUCCUUGGGACGGUCACCAUGGUCACCACGAUGAGGCGCACGGUGAUUCCCACCACUAG